GCUUGUAGUUGCCUUAGCUUUGCAUAUUUCUCUUUUUUUGUUUUUAAAUUUUUAUUUUUUAGAACUUUUUUUCGCUUUAUAUCUGUACUUUACUUUGUUCUCUAGCUUCUCUCCUUCUUCUCCUUCUUCUUCUUCUUCUUCUUUCAUCUCUGUCGAGACUGUGAUUUACCCGGGAAAGCUUCUUCAACAAUGGCGGACAUUACCCACCUCCCAAUGGAACAGCUUCAAGACCUUGAAUAUUGCAUAGACUCUAACCCUCCUUGGGCUGAAACUGUAAUUCUCGCAUUUCAAAACUACAUCCUGAUGCUUGGAACAAGUGUAAUGAUCCCAUCUCUACUAGUUCCAGCAAUGGGUGGAAGUGAUGGCGAUAAAGCACGUGUAAUACAGACUCUACUGUUUGUAGCUGGCCUUAAUACACUUCUCCAAGCACUAUUUGGAACCAGACUGCCAGCAGUAGUUGGAGGCUCCUUUGCUUAUAUUGUUCCUAUAGCUUAUAUAAUCAGUGAUUCUUCAUUGCAACGGAUAAGCGAUCAUCAUGAAAGAUUUAUACAAACAAUGCGGGCUAUCCAAGGAGCGCUAAUUGUAGCCUCGAGCAUACAAAUCAUCCUAGGUUACAGCCAACUUUGGGGUCUCUUUUCAAGGUUUUUCAGUCCUCUCGGUAUGGCACCAGUGGUCGGAUUGGUUGGCCUCGGAUUGUUUCAGCGAGGAUUUCCAAUGUUGGGAAACUGUGUUGAAAUCGGGCUACCAAUGCUGUUGUUGAUCAUCGGACUCUCACAAUAUCUGAAGCAUGUGAGACCAUUUAGAGAUCUCCCAAUCUUCGAAAGAUUUCCAGUAUUGUUCUGUGUGGCAAUUGUUUGGAUUUAUUCCGUUAUAUUAACUGCCAGCGGAGCUUACCGGGAUAAGCCAAAUGCAACUCAAGUCAGUUGUCGAACUGACAAAGCAAAUCUUAUAUCCACUGCUCCAUGGUUUAAGUUCCCGUAUCCUCUGCAAUGGGGCCCACCUACCUUUUCAGCCGGUCAUUCAUUUGCUAUGAUGUCUGCUGUCCUUGUAUCAAUGGUUGAGUCGACUGGAGCAUAUAAAGCAGCCUCUCGAUUGGCAAUUGCCACUCCACCUCCCGCUUAUGUCUUGAGUCGAGGUAUUGGGUGGCAGGGUAUUGGCAUCUUGCUUGAUGGUCUUUUCGGAACUGGCACUGGUUCUACUGUUUCUGUGGAAAAUGUAGGACUUCUCGGACUCACACGGGUUGGAAGUCGAAGAGUUGUUCAAAUAUCUGCUGCCUUCAUGAUAUUCUUCUCUACCUUAGGAAAAUUUGGAGCUGUAUUUGCAUCUAUACCGCUCCCCAUAUUUGCUGCAUUAUACUGUGUUCUGUUUGGACUUGUGGCUUCAGUUGGAUUAUCAUUCCUUCAAUUCACAAAUAUGAACUCUAUGCGAAACCUCAUCAUUACUGGCCUUUCGCUUUUUCUUGGGAUAUCCGUCCCACAAUUCUUCAACGAGUAUUGGAAUGCUGAACAACGAGGUCUUGUCCAUACUAAUGCAGGAUGGUUCAAUGCAUUCUUGAAUACGAUAUUCUCAUCCCCAGCAACAGUUGGAUUGAUCGUGGCUGUGUUGCUGGACAACACAUUGGAGGUAGAGAAGUCGAAGAAAGACAGAGGAAUGCCGUGGUGGGUGAAGUUCAGAACAUUCCGAGGAGAUAACAGGAACGAGGAGUUCUACACGCUGCCAUUUAAUCUUAACAGGUUCUUUCCACCAACAUAA